AUGAAAUUGGAUAGUACUGGAUCUUUUGCGAAAUCGUCCGAGAAAGUGCUUCAAGCUUCUUAUGAACUAUCGCUUAUCAUCGCAAAGGCAAAGAAAAGUCAUACUAUCGGAGAAUCACUUAUUAAACCUUGCUUGUUAAAAGCAGCUGAUAUCAUUCUGGGACCAGAAAUUAAACAAAAAUUUUCGCAGAUACCCCUCUCUGACAAUACUGUCAAACGUUGCAUUGAUGAUAUGGCUGAAGAUAUAAAAAAACAAGUAGUAGAGGCCGUGAAAGAAUCAACAUUUUAUGCAAUACAGUUGGAUGAGAGUACCGAUAUAGCACAAUGUUGUCAACUUUUAGUUUUCGUUCGAUACAUGCAAAACGAAACAAUAAAAGACGAAUUGUUGUUUUCUACAGAAUUAACGACUACCACAAAAGCAACUGAUAUAAUGACAGCAGUUUCUGAUUUUUUUGCGAAACACGAACUGUCGUGGCAAAAGUUAAUGGGUGUUUGCACAGACGGUGCACCGACAAUGCUUGGGUCUCGCUCAGGUUUCGUACAAUUGGUGAGAGAAAAAGAUCCUAAUGUUAUUGCAAUUCACUAUUUCAUACACCGUCAAGCCCUGGCGGCCAAGACACUUUCAAAUGAAUUCAACGCUAUUUUAACAUUAUGCAUAAAAAUUGUCAAUUAUGUUAAAAAGAGUGCUUUGAAUACUAGACUUUUUACGGCUCUUUGUGAAGAUUUGGGUACAGAACAUAAGACUCUGUUAUUUCAUACUGAGGUGCGCUGGCUCUCAAAAGGAAAUAUGCUGACUAGGUUAUAUGAGCUUCGAGAUGAAGUUAUUCAGUUCUUGGAUAAUCAAAAACAAAGUGAAUUAUUUGUAGAAUUCAGAAAGCCAAAAGUUCAAGUGGUAUUUGCUUAUUUAACGGAUAUGUUCGAUUCAUUAAACUCAUUAAACAUAAAACUGCAAGGAGGAGAUUCAAAUAUAAUUAAUCACCGAGAUGCUAUCACAGCGUUUACUGAGAAGUUGCUAUUGUGGAAACGUAAGAUUUUAGCAGACAAUUAUUCGUGCUUUCCUAAAUUAUAUGCAAUCACAGAGAACAAAUGUUUUAUGGAGUUUUUUUGCGAAACCGACACUAAGACCGAAAUAUCCAACCACUUGCAGCACCUCAGUGAUGAAUUCAAGCGCUACUUCCCAAACUUGUGUGAUGACAAUAUUUAUCGAUUGGCGACGGAUCCUUUUCACAUAGACAUAGACGUGCUGCCAGACCUACUUUAA